GUUAUCCCGCAACGCGUGACGCACGUAUGUGGUGUGCGAAGGUGCGUAGUGUUUGUUGACGUCAACGUCGUCGUUGCGGUAGGUCCUCGGAGUCCUGCCACUGGUAAAAGGCGAACAAAGUGGCUUUCGUGGGGGUUGCUAAGGCAACAUCCUUCCGUGUUCCCCAGUAACUGUGCUCCCCUCCGGUUGGCAUCCCCCCCUUUGUGUUCCGCGUUGUCGCUGCAUCCUGUAACCGUGGAAACCGCACAGGACGGUGCCGACGGUGGAGCGCUCACCAUGAGCCUGAAGAAAGCCAGCCGCACCAAAAGCCUGUCGCUGAGCGGCGAUGACUUUCCGUUGCGCCCGCCGGCCCCCAAACCGAAGGCUGCCUUCGCCCCGGCGAAACGGCCAGAGGAUACGCUCAAGAUCAUGAAAUACAUAGACGACAACGUGAUCGGCAAGGGGGUCGCCUUUCUGGGACCCUAUGGACGGCGCAAAGUGGUGUACGCAGAUUAUGCUUCUUCCGGCCGUUCACUACAGUUUCUUGAGGAUUAUAUCAACAAAGAAGUUUUGCCGGCGUUCGGUGACUACAGUUGCAUAUCGGCCGUAACAGGAUUGCAGUCACAUUUGUAUGACAAUGAAGCCCGUGACUUGGUGCGUGCUGCGGUUGGUGCUAUCACCGAGGAUGAGAUUGUGUUCUGUGAUAAUCCGGCGGAGCGUUUGUGCUACCUACUGUCCAACCCGAAUGUGUGCGACCUCAGCCAGCCCCAGUUUCACAACAACUCUCACAGUGCCAACAACAAUACCUCGCUCAAUCUGCACCACCAGUCGCUGCUGCUGGGCGCCCAUCGUCAGAACAGUUUCUCCAACACCUCCAUUCCGUCGGAAGGAACGGACGGUGGCCACGGACUGAUGGUGCCUAUACUUUUCGUCAGCACAUCCGAACCAGUAUCAAACCUUCGCCCGUGGAUCGACGCCGGCUGGCAGAUCGAGCGAAUAGCGAAGAAUCACGAGGGCUUCCUGGAUCUGGUCGAUUUGGAAAAGCGUUUGCAGCAGUACGCCGAGAAUCGACGCAAAAUGGUGGGCCUGUUUUCCGGUGCUUCGCGGUUGACCGGCAUUCUGGCCGACGACGUGGCCACCACGAUUCUGUUGCACCAGUACGACGCCCUGUCGCUGUGGGAUCACAGUAUGGCGGCGUCGUGCGCUCCGAUCAGUACCAAUCCCGUGCUUCCCGGUGCCCAGAAAGAUGCCAUCUUCUUCCACUGCAACCGGCUGGUCGGUGGCGUGCAGGCUCCGGGAGUGCUAGUCAUUAAGCGUAAACUGAUCGAACACAGUACCUCCUUUCUCAGUGACUCCGUCGGUGUCGUGAGUGCAGUCCGCGCCGGGCUCGUCCUGCAGCUCAAGGAAUCACUCGGCUCGCAAGCCAUCAUGGGCCGGAUGGAGAAAACGUGCAAACAGAUGCUGGCUCACGUCCGCACCAUUCCGGAGAUUGUGCUGCUCGGGCCGCCGUGUACCACGGCGAAGCGGCUGACGACGCUGUGUUUCAUGGUGCGCCAUCCGCGCGGUGCCUUUCUGCAUCACCGCUUCGUGGUGGCCGUGCUGAACGAUGUGUUCGGUAUUCAGGCCACGGCGGACAACAUCAUAAGCGACUCGCUCGGAAUAAACCCACAGCUGAUGGUGGAGUACGAGAAGCUGCUGAGCGAUGAGUCGCUCCGGGCGGGUUGUCUACAUCCGGGGUACACGCGCAUAACGUUCCCGUUCUUCAUGCCCGAGGCUGAGGUCGGGUUCAUCCUGGAGGCCCUGAAGAUGGUGGCCACCGAGGCCUGGAAGCUGCUGCCGCAGUACGAGGUGGACGAACGUUCCGGUGAGUGGCGCCACCACUCGAACUCUCUGGCGAAGGAACGCAAGUGGCUCGGAGCGAUCCGCUACAUCGAUGGCAAGAUGCUGUUCUCCGAUCGGCGCAUAUCGGGGCCCGGUACGUUUCCGCAAAACUACUCCGACUGUCUACAGACGGCCCGAAAUCUGUUCAAUCGGGCACGCAAGAUGGCCCAACGGUCCGCGGUCAACCGUGAACAGAUCGUGCUGGAACUGUCGAAUGCGGCCAUGGAGAAGCUGCGCUGGUACAUGCUGUCCGGUGAGGCCCAUGAGCUGCUGCUCGGGCACUCGCACAGUGUAAAAAAUACGGUCCCUUUUGACCCUACGAAAAUACCUGAGAACGCGUCGCUGAUGAUGAUUCACCGACACCACAGCCUUUCGGCGCUGGACAUCAAGCGGUUCAAGAGCCGCAGCUUGCCCGCCUCUCCGCUGCAGAUCUCGUCGCGCCGUCAGAACUCCAGUUCGCCGUACCAAUCGCACAGCCCCACGCCAACCUCUUCACCGCCGAUGGUAAGGUUUUCGGUAGGCGGCGAGGUCACGACCAUGCUCAAUCCUUCUCCGAUGGCAACGACGGCGCCCAUUGAGGUCACUGCUGUCCGUGAUGUGAACGUGAGUCGCAAUAGAUGUCAUAGUUGGGGAGCCGCUAGCUACCGCGCCCGUAACGGUGGCAUCGACAGUCGAGACGUUAACGAUGGAUACGGUCCCACAGGGGCCGCUGGUGCCCAAAUGGCGGGAGGUGGCGGUGGUGGGGGCACUAGCUCUGACAAUGGCCCUGCCGGUGGAAGCGUUGGGGCCGCCAAUCUGCACGUUCUGAGUCCACAAACCCGCAUCAGUCUCGGGCUGGAUCAGCAGCAUCCGUUGCAACAGCAGCGAAUGCAAGCAACGCUGCCGGUACCACCACAACAGCGGCCAGUGCUUCAUCGUCCACUGUCGGUGGCGGCAGUGCCGUCCUCGUACGGAUCUAGUCCGCCGAUGCAGCUGCGCCCGAAACAGAGAUCCUGUUCGUGCAGCAGCCAGACGGACGUCAGCCUGCAGCGCAACGAUAGCCCGCCACAGGGUGGAACGGCUUCACCGACACCGAGCCUUCCAAACUUGCGGUCCCACCUGGGAAGUAGCUGCAGUGAAAGCACGGAAGACAUUCAGGCGUACGUGAAGGAGAUGACCAAGGAGCUGGCUACGGAGAUCAAGUCCGAGAUUCGCGAAGUGAUCAGCAAGGUCGAGGAUGUGCUCGAAAACACCGACAGCAUAGACCUGAGCAGCGUCAACUUCCACUCACUCGGACACCUAAGCCAUCCACCGGUGGAGAGCAAACGGGACUCCAUAUCGACCAGCGACGUGGUGGACUAUUUGCGCGAGUUCAGCAAAGAGAUGACUAACGAGGUGAAGUCCGAGAUACGGGACGUGGUCAAUGCGGUGGACGAAAUCAUUUCCCCGGAAGGGUUCCUCGGGUUGCGCAAAAAUUCCCCACCGGACAUACUGCGCGCCAACGGUGGGGGCCCGAACCAGCCACCGCAGCACGGAACCACCGGUGGACACAAACUUUUGAUCAAGCAACGGUUCAGCGAUCUAACCCCGGACAUCGCCAGUCAGCGGCCGCGGUCGGCCGAUAAUGACAAGCAUCGGUCGGAGUCGUUUCCACGACCGAACUCAGCCGCCAGCCCGGACCAUGUGAUUAUGGGACCUCCGCUGCACUACACCGGGGCAAUCUCGAAGAAUCUCGAUCUCCGGUCGACAAUGUCGUCCCAGGACUCCGGUAUUAACAUGAACUUUUGUGAUGCCGCCGACGAGCACAGGAUGAAGGCCAUGCGAGCUACCGGGAGUGAUAGAAAUCGCACGGUGUCGGCCGAUGUAGAACCCACCGUGAAACCGAUGCUACCACCAAAACGGUUAAUAUCUGAGCCCUCGGGCAGCUCCAUCCGUGAGGCAUCCGAUGGGCCCGAACGGCUACCGGACGGGCCUGGUAAAUCGCACCUCACCCGCCAGCAGCACAUCCUCAAUCGUACACCGUCGCUGGAACUCGAUGCCGGUGUCUUGUCCGGGGCGGGCGACAACGCUAAUAUCGCCAUCCAGUGGCACAACAUGCCGAAGGAAGUCUGGAAACAGGCAGCCGAGGCGCUGGACGAGUACAAAAUGGUGAAAAAUGGCGAUCGGAUCCUUGUGUGCUUGUCGGGCAGUAGUUCCUCGUUGUGUCUAUUGCACCUGUUGCGACAGUUUUGCCACAUUCGACAGCUUAACGUGGAUCUGGCGGCCAUCAGCAUCGGGCACACGGGGGUCGAUCCGCGAUCUCUGAUGUUGUACCUGAAGGAACUCGGUGUGACGUACUUUUACGAACCACACGUAUCGGAGGGUCAGCUUGAGGAUCAGCUCACGCACCACGCGUACCGGCGGCAAUAUAACGUCCUAGCAAUGGCCAGCACCUUAGAUAAGUUGGCAAACAAGUUCCUUUUGUCACUACUGUACCAGGGAGAGCUGAACGCACUACAGGCAGUACAAGGAGCAAGCGGCUCCAAAGUGAACGCCACCGAUCCGGUUAGGAUCAUUCGACCGCUCUUGUAUCUGCGCGAAAAGACAUUCGAUGAGUUUGCCGCAACUAAUGCUCUGCCUGCCAGGGCUUCGCGCUUCCUAACUGUCUCAACAGAUUAUGUUAACCCAACCAGGGAUCUCCUGCAAUCGCACGAAACGGUAAACCCAAACGUGUACAACAACAUACGGAAUGCACUGAAGCCGAUUCUUUCGCUUAGAACGGAGCCGUCUAAAUCGGUUUACGAAAUACUGCGAUCGUCACUGAACACCCGCGAAUAGAAUGGCUCAUGUGAAAGAAGUAAUUACGUGCAGUGAUCGUGAUACGGAUACAGAUUUCGCCUGUAAAGUAAAACUAUGGAAAAAAUGUA